CACUACUCGCGGGGUCAUGUGAUAGACACCAGCUGACCGAACAUUUUCCAAAGUUUGCAGAGUUUUUUAUUCACAUCGCUUCUCCGUAAAAAACCAAGAAAACCCCAGGAAAACAUGGCUCUGCAUUCGGCAAUCAAGGGAAAACUGAUCAGCGUGAUCGGCGACGAGGACACCUGCGUGGGCUUCCUGCUGGGCGGCGUGGGCGAGAUCAACAAGAACCGUCACCCCAACUUCAUGGUGGUGGACAAGAACACCGCCGUCAGCGAGCUGGAGGACUGUUUCAAGCGCUUCCUCAAGCGGGACGACAUCGACAUCAUCCUGAUCAACCAGAACUGCGCGGAGCUCAUCCGUCACGUGAUCGACGCACACACGUCUCCGGUGCCCGCUGUGCUGGAGAUUCCCUCCAAGGACCAUCCGUAUGACGCCAGCAAGGACUCGAUUCUGCGUCGUGCCCGCGGCAUGUUCAACCCAGAGGAUAUGGUGCGUUAAUCGCCAGGAGAGGAGUUGUUUUUGGAGAAGAGGGUGCCCCCGUACUGGUUCAUCGUAUUGCUGCAACCGUCAGAGUAUUGCUUUCCAUCGUAAUUCCCAGCUGUAAACCACUAUAUAUAUAGAUUCAGUGCUUUGCGUUUGUUCUAAUCGUGUAUUUAAAGACAUUUAUUAAAUGGUUUUUGUUGUAUAAAUAGAUUAAAA